UCAGUCUAUCCUUUUAAAUGUGGCAAUAGCGCUCGGGACAGUGCCGCGAGCGCGAGCAUGUGCUGAGCGUGCCGAGUGGGUGACGUCUGGCGAGGGAGCACGGUCGCAGCCGCCGCCGCCGCCGGGACAGCGGGCCGCGGGCCCGGCCAGGGCCGCCAUGUUUGGUGGUACGCACGACGCCACCGGGCAGACCGACUACACCACCUCCACCCUGAUGGGCUCCGCCACCUACGGCUACCACGGCAGCGGCGACGUCGGCAGGCGGUGCAUGCCGCUGCUCCGGGACAUGAGCUACGAAGAGCUACCGGAAACGGAGGGCUUCCGGUCUCUGCCGGACGUGUGUGACCUGGGCGCCACGUCACCGGACGACGACAGCUCCGACCUGCGCGUCCGUUCUGCGCAG